CAACCUAUAGGACUGUGAGUUAAAAGUCUAGCGGUUUCCGGGUCUCUAUUAAAUUAUAAAAUGAGUUUACACGUAAACUAUAUGAAGUGUAACGAGGACCAAAUUGUCCAUCCAGGUUUUACCGAGAACACGUUCACCUUUGAGAGUCACGAUGGCACGCAGGCACUGACGGUGUCUGUUCCAGAGGUUCCAGCUGCGCAGUAUGGGAUGUACGUGUGGCCCUGUGCAGUGGUUCUGGCCCAGUAUGUGUGGAGCAGCAAAGAGAAGAUCCACAGACAAUCCGUCCUCGAGCUCGGUGCUGGGGUGAGUUUGCCAGGCAUUGUAGCUGCGAAAUGUGGAGCUCACGUGACUCUGUCAGACAGUGCAGAAAUUCCUCUGUGCCUAGAAAACAGCCGGCGGUGUUGUGAGCUUAAUGGUCUACCUGAAGUGCCUGUGGUUGGACUCACCUGGGGAGAGAUAUCACCUGCACUGUGUUCUCUACCACCUGUAGACAUCAUACUGGGAUCAGAUGUUUUUUAUGACCCUGAAGAUUUUGAAGAUGUACUUGUAACACUCUCCUUUCUACUAAGACGAAACCCUUCGGGUCAGUUUUGGACCACAUUUCAGGAAAGAAGCUCAGACUGGACUAUAGAAUCCUUGCUGAACAAAUGGAACCUGCAGUGCACUGAUGUCUUAUUAGAUAAAUUUCAUGCAAACGAAAAACAUAUAGCUGGAUCGACUCUACCUGGAAAUCAUUCAAUACAAAUGAUGAUUGUAACGGCAAGGACUAAAACGUAAUUAAUAUUGUAUGUAGCAAGAAUGUUGGUUGAAAUCAUACAUAUGAACAAUAGAUUUUUUUCAUGCUUUAUUUUUAUAUUUUAUACUUUAUAUUUAUUAUUUGAUUGAUUUAAAUUGUGUUGUAAAUAAAAUCUGAGACCACAAAGCUAUAUUCAAUGUCCUCUACAGUUAAUAUAAAAGGGAUCCUCGAACAUCAGGGCUGACGGCAGCAGUGGGCAGGGGUUAGCUUGGCCACCCAAAUUUGCAUCUUGGCCACCCAAGUUUUAUUUAAAAAUUUUAGCCAUAAGAAAUAUUAAUAGAAAAUACCAGCAUGAUGUCUAACUUCAGAUUGGGUGGGCAGCCUACUGCAAAUGAUUAAUGACCAUAUGCAGCAGUUCUACCCAAAGCCCUGCCCCAGCUAAACAGAAGAGUUUCUCAACCCUACCUCACACUACUUUCAGUUCAACAUGCUUAUGUUGAAUAUGCUUAUGUGAUGUAGAGGUCGACUGAUUUUAUUGAUACUGAUAGCUAGGUUGGAUCGUACUUGCCGAUAACUGAUUAAUCAAC